AUGCUUGAUGGAGAAGACAACAGAGUGCAGAUUGUGGAUGAGAAUGAACCUGAUGAUUUGGAUAACAAACCAAAGUUUCCUCUCAAACAGUUUCUUGAGCUGUGCAAUGAAAACAUGGGAACUGCUGAUGAAAAAAAUUCAUCAUCUAUGAGUUUGGAUCCACAACCACUUGUUGAUCAGAAAGGAAUGGAUGCAAAAGAAAGGAAUAAACACUGGAAAAAAGUUGGCUUCAGAUGGAAAUUUAAUAAAACUGGCAGUUCAGACCGAACAGGACCAUUUAUCGUUGAUAACAUUCCAGCCUAUUUUUUUAAAAUCCCUCACAAGGAUGGUAAAUCCAAGAGAGUUGGGAAUCCUUUAGCCAAAGAUUACAUCAAUAAAAUUGGAGAUGGAACUUUAAUGGCUUUUGCUGGAAAUGACUCUGCUGAUGCUGCUCUACGUAUUAACAAAAUGUGUUCAUACUGGAAAAACAACCAACAAAGAAUUGAAUCACAAAUGGUUGUUUGGGCAAAAAAAGCAGAGCUACCUCUAUCUGUCAUCAGGCACAAAGACUAUUUAGAAGUAAAGCAAUAUGGUGCAAUAAUUCCAAGAAUUGUUCAAGCAGGUACUGUGACACGCCGAGCUGUGGAACCAACAUGGCUAACAGCAAGUAAUGCAUAUGAAGACCGAAUUGGUAGUGAACUGAAGGCUAUGAUUCAAUCCCCUCCUGGAUAUUGUUUUGUUGGGGCUGAUGUAGAUUCACAAGAAUUAUGGAUUGCUUCCAUCAUUGCAGACUCUCAUUUUGCACAGAUGCAUGGUUGUACAGCUCUUAGUUGGAUGAACUUACAAGGCAAAAAGAGUGACAAAACAGAUAUGCACAGUAAAACAGCAGAGUUGGUGGACAUCAGCCGAGAUCAUGCCAAGAUGUUUAAUUAUGGUCGUAUUUAUGGUGCUGGGCAAAAGUUUGCUGAGCAACUACUGAUGCAAUUCAAUCACAGAUUGUCCCAAGAAGAUGCUCAAAAUAAAGCCAAAAAAUUGUACUUGGCAACUAAAGGACAGCGAGACCCUAAUACUGGAGAAUGGAGAGGUGGAAGUGAAAGUUAUAUGUUCAACAAACUUGAGCAAAUUGCAAAAGAUGCCCAACCUUCAACUCCUGUACUUGGUUGUCGAAUCAGUAAAGCUUUGGAACCAGAAUUUGUAUCAGAUGAUUUUAUGACCAGUCGGAUUAACUGGGUUGUGCAAAGUUCUGCUGUUGAUUAUCUGCACCUGAUGUUGGUUUCAAUGAAAUGGCUGAUGGAGGAAUUCUCCAUCAAUGGACGUUUCUGCAUCAGUAUUCAUGAUGAAGUACGAUACUUAAUUCAAACUAAAGACCAACACACGGCAGCGUUGGCUUUGCAGAUUACCAAUUUGUUCACAAGAAGUUUGUUUGCUUACAAACUGGGAAUGUUUGAUUUGCCACAGUCUGUGGCAUUUUUUAGUUCUGUGGACAUUGAUACAUGUUUACGUAAAGAAGUUGACAUGGAUUGUCUAACUCCAUCCAAUCCUCAUGGACUCAAGAUUGGAUACAACAUACCACUGGGUGAGUCUUUGGACAUUUAUCAGCUGUUGGAAAUGAUUGAUAAAUUAAAAUCUGCAAAUUCUACAAAAAAUCAGAAAAAGGUUUCUGUGAAAGCAGCAGCAAAUUAA